AUGACAGACACCCCCAAUUCGAAUCAUGAUGAAUUUGCCGCGAGGGUAGUGUCAGAUCAUCUACCAUCCGGCUAUACAGCGGGCUUGGUAGAUGGAUCCAACGACGAGAGCGAAGCCUCUAAUGGAGCAGGACAAGAACCAGAGUCUUCACUUACGCUAUUGGGGGGAGAUGUGCACCGUGAUCUCUACAAAAUCCACAGCAGGGCCAAGCUCCACCAACGUGCUGCUACUUUCUCACACCCGGUCAAUUCAUCAACUGAUUUCCAGAACGACCUGACUGCCGCCGAACAACGGCUUCCGGGAGGCUUCCGUCGAGAAUUCGUACAACAAAAAUAUGGUCGCUUCAACCCUGCCGUUAUCCCUGUCACUCGCAACUUCGUGGAAUUCCUAUCCCUUUACGGCAGCUUUGCUGGUGAGGAUCUUGAGGAUUCCGACGAUGAUUCAUCUGUUCAAGGUGAGGAGGACGAGGCCGAAGAUGGUGCCGAAGAAACAACAGGCGAACGACGACCACUCCUCGGUCGACGGCGGUCUACCAGACAAACCAGACCAGGCGAUGCUGGCAGGGUGAAAACCUUUUUUACUCUUCUCAAGGCUUUCAUUGGAACCGGCAUCAUGUUCCUCCCAAAAGCUUUCAACAAUGGUGGGAUCCUAUUUUCAUCAAUGACCUUACUCACGGUCUCGGUUGUUACUACCAUAUCUUUUCACCUACUCCUGAAGUGCAGAAAAUUAUAUGGCAAGUCGGGCUACGGAGAACUCGGUGAGGCCAUAAGCGGCUCCAAGAUGAGGGCAGUGAUUCUAGGAUCCGUCACUAUCUCCCAGCUUGGCUUUGUUUGUGCAGGAACGGUUUUUGUGGCUCAGAACCUUCAUUCGUUCGCUUUGGCGGUUUCGCAUGGCCAUAGUCCGGUGUCUACCCCGAUUCUGAUCGCAUUACAGCUUCUUGUCCUGAUACCACUUUCGUUUAUCCGAAAUAUUUCAAAGUUGGGACCCAGCGCUCUGAUAGCCGAUGUUUUCAUUCUCCUCGGCCUCACGUAUAUCUAUUAUUAUGAUAUUGCUACUAUCGCCAACCAAGGUUUGCAUCCGACUGUUAAGCUUUUCAAUCCAGAUCAAUUCACAUUGACGAUUGGAGCCGCGAUAUUCACGUUCGAAGGGAUCGGACUCAUCUUGCCAAUCCAGUCGUCAAUGAAACAACCCGACAAGUUUGAGCCUCUGCUCUGGUUGAUCAUGCUCAUCAUCACCACCAUUUUCACCUCUGUUGGAGCUUUAUGUUAUGCGACUUUCGGCUCCGCCACGCAAAUAGAAGUCAUCUCCAACUUCCCUCAAGACAGUAAGCUGGUGAAUGCGGUUCAAUUCCUCUAUUCUCUUGCUGUUCUGGUGGGAACUCCGGUUCAGCUUUUCCCACCAGUCCGUAUUCUGGAAGGCAAGAUAUUCGGUCGACGGUCUGGCAAGAAGGACGCCCUCACAAAAUGGAAGAAGAAUGGAUUCAGGUCGCUUCUGGUGGUGCUCUGCAUUCUAGUCUCGAUCCUGGGAGCAAACAACCUGGAUAGGUUUGUCGCAUUGAUUGGUUCAUUUGCUUGUGUACCACUUGUAUACAUCUACCCCCCGUUAUUGCAUUAUCAAGGUGUAGCAGAGACAAAGUGGGCAAAGAUCGGAGAUGUAUUACUGAUUAUUUUGGGAGUUGUCUGUAUGGUAUACACUACCUGUGUUACCAUCGCCAAUUCUUUCAUAUAG